UUCCCUAGAUCCGCCAUUUCAGUCCCGGAGUUUCUUGUUGCACAUUAGUUUUGAUUUUGAUUUUUUUUUUUUUUGUCAUUUUAACAUUGUAGCGGUGGAGUGUGGGGUUUUGUGGUGUAAGAGAAGUCCCGCCAACUCAAACGCCUCGACAUUACACGGUGAAGUUUCCAAAACUGUGGUUUUAUACGGGAUUUUUCAGGGGAAGCGUCAGUCUACCAAAGUUUUUGUAUGAGUUGCGGAUAGGGAGAGGCGAAGGGGAAAGGCCUCAAGCCUCGGACGGGAUUUCACAGCCAUGGCCGGUAAUUUUGAUGCCGAAGACCGCUCUAGCUGGUACUGGGGGAGGCUGAGCCGCCAGGAGGCAGUUUCUCUCCUACAGGGACAGAGACAUGGCGUUUUCCUGGUGAGGGACUCAAUAACCAGCCCUGGAGACUACGUGCUGUCCGUCUCAGAGAACUCCAAAGUGUCCCAUUAUAUAAUCAACAGCAUCAGUAACAACCGGCAGUCUGGCUCAGGUUUGGCUCCUCCUCGGUUUCGGAUCGGGGAUCAGGAGUUUGAGGCGCUGCCGGCCCUGCUGGAGUUUUAUAAGAUCCACUACCUGGACACCACCACACUCAUAGAGCCCAUAAACAAGGCCAAGCACACAGGAUUCAUCAGCUCCUCUGCUGGCGUCCCGCAGCAGCCCGAGGAGGCAGAGUUUGUUCGGGCGCUAUUUGAUUUCCCCGGCACCGAUGAGGAGGACCUCCCCUUCCGCAAGGGCGACAUCCUACGAGUGCUGGAGAAGCCCGAGGAGCAGUGGUGGAACGCUGCUAACCAGGAUGGCCGAGCCGGGAUGAUCCCAGUGCCCUACGUGGAGAAGUACCGGCCUGCCUCGCCCACUGCUGCCGGCCUGGGUCCCCCUGCUGGGGGGACUGGACAGGGGGUGCAAGUUGGAGGGGUAGUGGGCAGCACAGACGGAACAGGGGCCCCUCAGGCCAACCCUCUGGGGGACCCGGGCCAGUAUGCUCAGCCUGUGGUCAACGCCCAGCUCCCUAACCUACAGAACGGGCCUGUCUAUGCCCGAGCCAUUCAGAAGAGGGUGCCCAACGCCUACGACAAGACAGCGCUUGCUCUAGAGCUGGGCGACAUGGUAAAAGUGACCAAGAUCAACGUGAACGGCCAGUGGGAGGGUGAGUGCAAGGGCAAACGAGGCCACUUCCCCUUCACCCAUGUUCGACUGUUGGAACAACACCAUCCUGAUGACGAGAGCUGAGAAACACACGCACUCCGCAUCACCUCGACCGUGUCCAGCACAUCCCUUCUCUUAUGGUCAUUUUAUCAUGCUCGGAAAGAAAAAGAUUUAUACAAGCACACAGUAUAUGAACCUAUGAGCUCAACGGGUCAGGCUCUCCUGACCCUGCCAGCACAAGACGUGUUGGGUCAUCUUACCUACUGUCAUUUUCAAGAGUUUACACUAAGGUCAGACUGAUAUCGGUUAGCCUAUAUUAGUUUUUUUUUUUUUUUUCAUUACACACAUUCCUCUUUGACUACUUCUCCAAAAGCUGCAGUUAAGUAUUUCUUGUAUUCCGACGGAUAACAGUAUUUGUAGGUUUAAUAUUUAUUAAUAUGUUACACUUUAAAGAAGCACACUUGUGUGUUGUCCGGAGCAGAAUCGUGUAGGAAGCUCGAUUAUCAAUUUAAUAUCUGUGCAUCCAGCUCAGAGUUAGGAUUGUUAAGCCUAGCUUAGCUACACAACUGAAAGCAGGGGUUAAACACAAGCCCCGAGGAACUGAAUCAUUAGGUUGUUAAAGUUGGGAAAUUCACUAAUAGGCAAAUCCAGAGCUGUUUUCCUACUGUCAUUCACGUGAGCAAGCCUGAGACUGAGCGGUCGGGAGGCAGGGUUAAAGGAAAGGCUAAUGUGCCUGCUGUAUGGGCUCAUGGAUGUGGAAAAUCCAAGUAAUUUUAUACCCGGAACUAGGGCUGCACAAUUUAUCGAAUAUUAAUCACGAUUACCAUCUUGGUUUCCCACAAAUAAAUGAACAUGAUCGCCUGCGAGAUUGAUGUUUUUAAAUGUGUGCUUCGCUCAUAUAAAACUGCUGCGCUGCAUUUAAAAUCAAGCGCUUCCUUAAUGAACAGCCAGUCUCUACCUAAGAGCUGUCGCAUGUGCACCCUGCAGCAGCAACCUGUACAAAAACUCUUCUGACUGCUGCGAUUGCAGACGGGCAAAACAAAAAACAACCAUCAUCAUCUGUUGUUCGGAUGGUUUUCAGAUUUAGUAGGGAAUAAAUCAUAUGCAAAGAGUGCACAAGACCUCUGCCCUGAAAAAACAAUACAGUCUGCAGAUCAAUGAACGCAUAAAGGCCGGGAAGAAUAACUACCACAGAAAUUGAAUGACACUCAUCCCAUUCUUGCGAACAUUACUUCACUACAUCCCCAUUCAUGUCCGGCGACAAGACAUCAGACAUCCAUGACAGUGACGCUGCAGCGCGGCAUGGUAUUGGUGACCGCCGUUAAUAAAAGGAAAGACAAGAAAUGCAGGGGCAGAUACAUAUCCAUAGUAGAUGCACUGAAUUCAGGUGAAGAGGAACCUUGUAAGUCUGAUUUUGAUGCAAAGAUUUAUUAAUUACUAGGAAAGUAGCACAUGAACGUGAGAGUGCUGUUUAUAUACAUGUGAAAGUGCAAUUAAAACAAUUCUGGUUCUCAUUUUAAUCAAAAUAAUCAUGUUAUCAUUUUGGAUGUAAUCGUGCGUGGAACUAAAGGCAAUAGGAGAUAUUGGAUAGUUAGGAUUUUGGUAAAAUGUCAGUUCAGACAGUUUCAGUCCAAAACAGGCAGUUUUAGGCGCCAGUAACCGAUAUCAGUCGAACCCUAGUUUACACACCUCCAGCCCAGUAUUGAAGUCUGCAGAGUCGACCCACUCUUCCUCUCCUGUGUCAGCUGUGUAUCCCCACCCACUUCAUUUCAUUCACACACUGAAGGGAAGAAAAAGAAAUCGAUUGCACACAGGAGACAAAACACUCGGCUUCUCUCACAGAAUCAUGAAUCAGUGAGUUCUCGUAGUGCCAGACUGUGAACCUCGGAGCGAAACGAACAAAGACUUGUCCUGAUGACUCCGUCUUGUGGAGAAGACGACUUCACCGACCUAUUACAUCCCACACUACAAACCAAGUCCUCUUUUUUUGUACUAAAAGUGGAAAAUAUUAUGAUAGAAUUGACUAUAUAUAUACACACACCUUACAUGCUAAAUACUGUAAACUUUUUUUUUCCUUUCAUUAUAUUUGAUUUUCUCUGACUUGUUUUUGUUACCAGAGACUAUACACUUAUUAUUGUAUGUUCCUCUUUUAAAACACUAUUCAGCGCCAGCAUGGAUGACUUCAAAUGCAGCAGUGUGAAAGAACAAAAUAAGCACCCUUUCAUGGAGGAAGGAAAGAUCCCCUGAGGCUGUUUUAGAAGAUGAGUGGAGAAAGGUUGAGCGAUUUUAUUUUUGUCUUCUAGCAGGGUUUUUAUGGCAUUGUUAAUCAGAGAUGCUUUAAAGAUGAAAUCCACCUAAAAACACUAAAUGCUUUUGCAUUUUUAUGUGUAACUGGUCAAACAGACGUGUCACUUUAUGUCUUUUUUUUUUGUGCCAUGAUUGACAUUUGCUGCAGGUUUAUUGUUCUCAUCAGCUUUUUCCACAUUGAAUACACAUGUUAUCAUUACACAUAAAGCUUUUUUAACACACACAGGCCCACUGAGCAGUGUGUCAAUAUGAAAAUAAACCACAAAAUGUCCUGU